AUGCAGGGAUCCUUCAUGCCGUCCCAUAGGUAUCACACCCUGCAAGAGCAUCCGCCGGAAGAUGACAAGGACACGACACGCGAUUUCGAGCAGACAUCUCUUGUCGAACCAGACUCUAUAGAGGAUGGCGAGCACGCGACGCCCAACCCGCGCCGGGCACUUGUUCGAAGGCUGGCGUUAUACACCGGCAUCCUCGCCGUGAUAGCCUGCACAGCCAUCGUCUUCGCCUCCAUCGUGCCCUUUAACGGCAUCAUCGGCAAAAAGAAAUGGGCUCUGCCUCCUCCGGAAGUACACGUCGUCGGCGUAUCGAAAUCCAAUGAACGCCCACACCCGUGCGGAAACUCAUCCGCCGAAGCUCGGGCGCUGGGCUGCAGAUUCAACCAACUGACGUGGGCGUGGCUCCCUCCAAACUGCCCGAUGUACGCCAACGACCAGUUCGUGGAGGAGGAAGAAUGGGUCUAUUGGGAAGAUCUCGACCAGACGAAGCCGGUCGGGGACGACGUGUGGGCGGAGGUGCUCGACGGCGAUCGAAAAAUCUUCGCCGAGAUGAGAGAACAUGCGACACACUGCGUCUACUUCCUCCUCCAGCUGUCUCAGGUGGUCCGUGACGGCACGCCGUACUACGACAAGAUGGUUGACUACGAGCACCACGAACAUUGUGCCAACAAGCUCUUGGGUUUGCUGAAGAAGCUGCCGGAGUGGCACGAGUUGGACACGCUGGCAGGGACGGUCUCAUUCGACCAGUAUUGUCCAUAG